AUGUCAAAUUAUCCCCACCCAUUCAAUCGAGAUCGAAAUCAGGAUCGAAAAAGCAAAACUAGAACUAACACAACGCAAAUUAAUAAUGCCCUCAAUGCUAUUCAACAUAAACGAACCGAGUCCGAUGAAAAAAAGGAUCGAACUAGGUACACUACAGACGAGGGUGAAAUUAUCUCGACAGUCGAUAGGGCUGUUAGUUCUGUAACCCCGCCAGCGUCAUUCAAACCAUCAAAUGACCAGGUUUUCUUACGCAAUGGAUUACCCAAUUGUGAAUUCAUCAAGGAUCAUUUCUUCCAUGAAGGUAGAUUGCAAGAAGAUCAAGCUAUAAAAAUCGUGAAGCAAGCGACCCAACUACUCACUGCAGAGCCUAAUUUGUUGAGCGUACCGGCACCAGUCACCAUAUGUGGUGACGUCCAUGGUCAGUAUUAUGAUCUUAUGAAGUUAUUUGAAGUUGGUGGUGAUCCCAAAACUACAAAGUACUUGUUCUUGGGAGAUUAUGUGGAUAGGGGGUCAUUUUCGAUUGAAUGUUUGAUCUAUUUAUACGCUUUGAAAAUCACAUACCCAAACUCAUUCUGGAUGCUUAGAGGUAAUCAUGAAAGUCGUCAUUUGACAGAAUACUUUACUUUCAAGAAUGAAUGCGUUCACAAGUAUUCUCAAAACUUGUAUGAAGAGUGCAUAACCAGUUUCAAUGCAUUGCCAUUGGCAGCUAUCAUGAAUGAGCAAUUCUUUUGUGUUCAUGGAGGUAUAUCCCCACAAUUGACUGACUUGGAUAGUGUGCGUAAGAUGAACAGGUUUAGAGAACCUCCUACAAAGGGAUUGAUGUGUGAUUUGUUAUGGGCCGAUCCGAUUGAAGAGUAUGAUGAAGAUAACAUUGACACUGAUUAUUUGAACAAUGCAGUGAGAGGGUGUUCCUAUGCAUUUACCUAUAAAGCAGCAUGUAAGUUUUUGGAUAGAACUAAGUUGUUGUCCAUUAUACGUGCACACGAAGCUCAAAAUGCUGGAUACAGAAUGUAUAAAAGGACAAAGACGAUGGGAUUCCCAAGCUUGUUAACAAUGUUUAGUGCACCAAACUAUUUGGACAGUUAUAACAACAAGGCAGCUGUGUUGAAGUAUGAAAAUAAUGUUAUGAAUAUUCGGCAAUUUAAUGCGUCACCACAUCCAUAUUGGUUACCCCAUUUCAUGGAUGUGUUCACUUGGUCUUUACCGUUUGUUGGUGAAAAAGUGACAGAUAUGUUGGUUAGCAUAUUGAAUGUGUGUACCGAGGAAGAAUUGGAUGAAGAAGCACCAUUUUCUGAAGCGCAGAUUGGUGUUGAAGGAACCACUCCACCAAGUGCAGCAACUUCACCAAGAGCCAGACCACCUCCAAUGUUCCCUACGGAAGCAGAAGAAAUGGAAGCAGACCUCACUUUGGAGGAAAAGAAGUUAGCCUUGAGGAAUAAGAUCAUAGCUAUUGGUAAGAUGUCGCGGAUGUUCCAAGUAUUGAGAGAAGAACAAGAAAGCGUGGCUCAUUUGAAAGCAUUGAACCGAGGUCAGCUACCCAAAGGCUCGUUAUUGCAUGGAAAGGAGAGUAUUCAAAAUAACAUUCUUACUUUUGAACAAGCCAAAGCUGCUGAUCGUGUAAAUGAAGCUUUGCCACCAAGCUAUGAAGAUAUGAAAAAAAUGGACGAACAGAGAGGAAAGCGUAUUAAAAACCAAAUUGAAAACCAGGAGGGCGGAAGUCCCGUAUUUCAAAAGUUUAUGCGUAAAUUAUCUCGAUAG